UGUAUGUUUGGCGCGCUAAAAUUUAAUGUGCUUGGCAGCAAAGUUUAUCUUGUGAAAUGGAUUCUACCUUGGGACGUGGGUUUUAUGAGGUAUAUUGUUCCUCUAAAGAAAUACUGAAGAACAAACAAAGGCAUUUGUUUUGUAAUAUGUUGGAUCUUUUAUCCAACACCAGCAAGAGCACCCCAUCGCCAGUGAUUGCGAAGAUAAUACCUUCUAAUGAUUUAAUUCGCUUUUGGGUAGAUGAUGUAUUACCUUUAGUUUUCGACGAAGAUCUGUCGAUACAAGGCUGUGCUGUAUCUGCUUUGGAGCAAGGGUUAUCGACAUUAGAAAUUGGAAAUAUUCACAGCCAUAAAGAAUGGAAUAAUGUUAAAAACUCGAUUGUUAAGGAAUAUGCUUGCAAAAUACAUCGAUUGAGGGAAACCCGGAACCAAUACUGGAAUCGUGUUUGGUGUAUACUGAUUCGAUUGCUUGAUCGGGAGAUUUUAAAGAGCGCCAGCACUAUAAACUUAUUUUUGUCCAUUGUUGAGCUUGGAUUCCGAAGCCCUGAUAAUAAUGUACGUGCAGAAGCUUUUACAUGUUGGCAUCUUCUUAUUCAAAUUUUCGCUACUCAUAAUCAAUUGUCGUCACCAAAAAGGCUAAAAUUAGUUUGCAUACCUCUUAAAUCGUCGCAGUCAAAAACUCCAUACGUAGCAGCCGUAAAGUUGCGAAUCUGGUGGUUCUUGAUCACAUGCUUGGGUCCACAGAUAGAAGAGCAUUUUGAAAAUGUUGUUGAAGCAUUUCUUAUAUUCUGCUUCGGAUUGGAAUCGAAAAGCACACCUGGCGUAUGUCAGCAAUACGUAACAAUACGUGAAAUGGCAUUGACAUGUUUAGCUUCCAUCGUAACCACAGAGCAAGACGACUUUCUGCACAGACUAUUACAGGAGUAUGAGAUGGAAUCAUGUAAACGAACACCAUACAUAAACUCUAAUAUUAUUGAUAAACAUUGGAAGUCAAUAUUAUAUGCUGUACUAGAAGCUACAAGUUUGGUCAUCGAAAGUGAAAAACAGAGUGAUAUUGAGGAUCGACUGUUAAAUGUGAUCAUUAAAAGUACAACUUUAAUAGUGACUAGGGGUGAUAUGGCCCCAUUAUAUGAGUAUUUUUGUUCUGGUUUAGGGCAAAUUAUGAUAAAAAGUUGCCGGCCGAUGAUAAUAGUCGCCAACGUGAUUGCAACCGAAGGACUUCGUUUUUCACAUUCAUUACUUAAUUUUGAUAAUUAUGCGAAAAUAUUAAAUUGCUUGAUAAAAUUUUUGACAUUAAUUCGCGAAACGGUAGAUGCUGUUACUAUUCAGCAUUGCACUACCAGAAUUUCAAAUUUAGAAUGCUUUCUACCAAAACGUCUUUGUUGGCGUGCGGUGGAGGUCAUAGCUGAUUAUUUCUUCAAAAUGCCAAACGAUGAGGGUUUUGAAUAUUUUGAAGUAAAAUUCUUAAUAUGGCGCGAUAUUUCAUCAGAAAUGGUGAAUUAUAUACGUCAUAAUACAUUUGGUCGAUCUGCUGAAGAAUUUAUUGACGUGUUAAUAUCAUGGAGCUUAUGGCCUCUACGUAUGAUAAUAGAAUUUACUGGACGCCGGGAAAGUUCUAUUUUUGAUGAACAUUUUUAUUUGCUAUGGCACAACUUGCUUCAACUGACGGAGAGCACAAGUGGUAGAACACAACAUUUAUUAGACGUGGGCGAAGUUUUAAAGGCCUGUCUAAAAUCUGGUUAUAAAUUGGGAGUUUUCAUCCAUCUUUUUAAUGCAUAUUCGGAAGAAGUAAUGAAACAUGAUUAUCGUGGCUUUCCUAUACUCUACGAGCGAUUAUUUUCAAUUUUGUGUGAAGUAAUUCAGAAGAAAGUACCCCAAAAAGAGAAGGAAAAACUUCUUACACUGUUAAGAUGUGUUCUGCAUGGUUUAAAAUCUCCAGAACAGAGCUCGUUGAUGCAGACAAUCAAAUCCACACUUAAACAUUUCUUACGCAGUUCAUCAAAAGGAGGAGUCGGCUCGAAGUUUUUUGAGGAGUGGAAGCAAUCUAUUAUAAAUAUAGCUCGUUCUUCUAUGGAUAGAAAUUAUAUAAAUAUGGUUACAGAAUUAUUUAAGGAUGAUGUAUAUGUUAUAAUUCCAUCAGUAUGGAGCCUGAAACCAGAGAAAUUGACUGAUAGACAAAAAGAACGUUUAGCUGAGAAAAAUAAUAUUCCAGCAUUAUAUAAUGACAUGAGUCAGUCGCAGGAUUCAUUAAUAAAACCUUGGACUCCGAAGAAAUUAGUAAUAGCCAAGGAAGAUCAAAAUGAAAUUGUUAUAGAGGGUUCAAAUAAUAGGCAAAAGGAGGGUAACACGAAUGUGGCGGAAUGUUCCCAAAGUGGCGUUUCGUUUAGCUUACCAAAGGCUUGCUUAGACAUGGCUUCAAGUAAACGGAAUGUAGAAGAAAAGUUCUUAACAUCGAUGAGCACUAACAAAGAAAAUGUGCAAGACGUUCAUAGCAACAACGCAGAUAAAUUACUUGAGCUACAAACGACUGAAGCGAAUCCGAAUACAUUCUCUGCUGCUGUACAACAAAUUAAAAAAAACGAAAAUUCACAGCAGACACGCGAGCUCGAUGAUGACUGCUUGAAAACAAAUCUGACAAAUACAAAAGGGACAAGUGCAUUAAAUCCCGAAUUAUUGCAGGAAUCACCCAAAGGUAUACCUGAUGAUGCACCGAAAGUUAUUUCCAAUGAUAUUCGUCAUGACCAAAACUUGGAUGGUAUUCAGAGUAACAAAUUGGACUUGCCGAAUACUUCCUCUGCUUUAGAAGCACUAAAAGAAAUUUCUCCCAAAAAGUCGUCUACGAAAAACUCUCUCUUGCUAUCCCCACCUGAUCGCAAAUUAACAAAUAACAACAGCAGUCCGAAAUUACGUCCUAAACCACCGGCACACCUAACUGGACGAGGAGCGCAAUUGAUAAACAUGAUACGUAAUAGAAAAAUAGAUGCACAAUCUCCACAAACUCCGAUGCCAAGGUUGUUUGUGGCCAAGAAUGAUAGCAUGGAUCGCUCGUUAUCGGAUGUGGAUGUAAUAGAGCAUACAUCAACACCGCUGCAAGCUAAAGAUAUUCUAACAUUUACUAAACGGCUCCCUUCUCCCUCUGCCAGCCCUUCAACUAGCAUUUUGAAACGAAGUCUUCGCAGAGAUAGCCUUGAAGAAAUAGCUUUGGACUCACCAGCUUGCAAAAAGAAAAGAGUUAGUUUUCAUGACCCUCCAGUCUCAGUUACCAAGGAAUAUAUUAAGUAUAAUGAUGAAAACAAAACUAAACCUAAACGUUGCCUUAUUAUGGACAAAAUUCAAUCGAGUGCUGAGAGAGCCUCAGAAAAUAAAUAUACUCUAAAGCGGCGAAGUAAACUUGACAGCAUUAUUGAAAUCGAGAAAUUUGCAUCUCAACAAUCUAACAAAGCACAAGAUCUACCUACUAAUUCCGAGGUUCAAUCGGAAGAUUUGGAUGAUGACAUGGAUAUUGUGACGGAUGAAAAUAAACCUAGCGAGAAAUUUGCAGCAGAAGAACUUUCUCAUAAUACCUAUGAUCAAGCAACGGUGGAUAUUAGUAUUGACUUGGGAUGUUCGAAUAAUCUACUUGAAAUAGCGAUUCAUAGAUAUACAUUGGAAGAACUAUUAGAAAAAUAUUUAGAAUCUGCAAGUAAUUCAAAACUAAAGUGCUAUAAUACAAUGGCGAAAAUGAUAUCGAGAGGAAUGAGUGGCGAAGCUAAAAUAAAAGAAAACGUCCUCGAAGCUCUUUCAGAAAAUCACUCUAAGGAUUUCCUAGAUCAUGCAAUAAGAGAAAAUCUUGCAUCAGUGGUAUGCGAUCGAUUAAAUUUACCCUCUGUUAUUGAAUACGUAUGUGAAAAAUCAAAAAUCAAUACGUCUUGCAGAGCAAAUUUGUUUUCGCAGAUUCCGGAUAUCUUAAAACAUUGUAAACAAGACGCUGAGCGCUUAAAACUUAUACAUACACUAUUGAGUAAUAUCACUUUAAAAGAUACCGACCUUUUGGAUUUGAUCAAUAUUUUGUUACGUCAACGAUCUAUGGAAAAAAACAGUUCAGUAACAGUAUCAGAAGCAGCAAUAGAUUCUUCAUCAAACCUUUAAUAUAUCACAUGCAUUAUGUAUUUAAAUAAUUGUAUCAUACAAGAAUGUUCUUACGUUAUAUAUGUCUAUAUAUGUAGAUUGAGGAAAAUACAAUUUCUUAGUAUGACCAAAAAAUCCUACUUGUGGUUGGCGAAGUCUCAAAUGUACCAAUCAAAUUUAACGAAAAGUUCAGCUUCAUCAUACACUUUUUAAGUUAAAUUUUUACAUACAUAUGUGGGCAAUUCUCAAUUAGUUCGAACUUUCGCAUGAUUCGACAGUUUUUAUUCGGUCACACAAUUUUCGCUGGUUUAUUAACAAACAUCAGUAGCUCGUUUCUGUAACAAUUUUCUACCAAGGCGAAUUGAGAUAUGAAUUCGCCGCCCUGUUCUCUACUGCUAAUGAGUAGUAGAGAAUGACGUAUAUUCUCUACCAGUAGAUAAAUAAUCGGUAGAGAAGAGUUACAGAAGCGAGCUACAGGUUACAUAUCAGUGUUCGUAUGUCAGGAAGCUGGCUUUAGUAUAGUGCGGCAUUGCCUUUGCCCAGCAAACACAGUUAGUCUGACGUUAGAGAAAUUUGGA